GCGCGCGCGCGCGCAAGGGGCCCGGAGGCCGCCCCGAUGCCGAACCCGUGGCCGCAGGCUGCGGCCGCGCGGGCGCCCGCUGGGUCGCCCGCGGAGGCGCUGGCAGGGGCGCACCGCUCGAUCCGCAUCCGCGCACUCGCUCGGCCUUUCCCUCUGCCUCCUCGGCCUGCUGCUGGCCCUGCUGCUCCGCAACCGCGCCUGGGGCGCCCUCGUGGCUCUCGCGGGCGCGGCGCUGGCCCGCGCCGGCGGCGGCUGGCUGCACGGCGUCCUGCCGCCUUCGCUGCAGGAGGGCGCCGCGCCGGCGCCAGGGGCAGUGGAGGCCGCGGCCAGCAGGUGCGGGCUCUUCUGCCUGACCGGCGUCACGUCGCCCGGGGACAGCCUGGCGGCGGAGUGGGGCACGCUGCUCGAGAACCUGGCGUUUGCGUGCACGUACGGCAAGCGCAACUGCCUGACGGGCCAGAUGUACGCGGGCCCCCUGUCGCUGGGCAAGAUCUGCGGACUCGUCUGGGGCAAGCUAAGCCAGGGCGUAGUCGCAUGCGGGUAA